AUGGCCGACGGACAAGGACUUGACGACAUCGAUGCUGCUGACAUCGAGUCCAACUACGAUGAGUCCACCGACUCCUUCGAUGCUAUGAACCUUAAGACCGACCUUCUGCGUGGAAUUUACGCGUGUGGUUUCGAGCGUCCGUCUGCUUUCCAGCAGCAUGCUAUCAUGCCAGCCAUCAAGGGUGAGUACAAGUCGCAAUAUUAUGCCAGACUCAUGCUCACGAUGUCGGAAGGCAAGGACGUUGUUGCGCAGGCGCGGUCUGGUUCCGGGACGACUGCUGCCGUCUCUAUCUCCGUCCUUCAAAAGAUCGACUCCGAUGUUGAGGCAUGCCAGGUCUUAAUUCUUGCCCCAACCCGUGAGCGUGCACAGCAGAUUCGACAGGUCAUUGCUACUAUCGGUGGCUUUACAAAUAUUGAAUGCUACGCCUGCAUUGGUGGUACUCGCAUAGGGGAUGAUACAAAGGCUCUUCGGGAUGGGCGACAGUCAGUAGUCGUUGGUACCCCUGGCCGUGUCCAUGACAUGAUUCACCGCCGGGCUCUCUGUACCGACAACAUAAAGAUGAUCGUGCUCGACGAGGCCGAUACCAUAUUAUCCCGCGGUUUUGCUGAGCAAGUACACGACAUCCUCGGGAUACUUUGUCAGAGCACGACCACCCAGGUCGUUCUCUUCUCCGCUACCAUGUCUCAGGAUGUGCUACAGGUCACCACUGAGUUCAUGCGUAAUCCAGUCCGCAUCACAAUUGAGAAGUACGAGACUUGCCUUAAAGGUAUCAAACAGUUCUACGUUACCGUCGAAAACGAACAAGAAGACUGGAAGGUCGACAGCCUCUCCGAUCUUCACAGGACCAUCACCAACAGACAGGCGGUGAUUUUCUGCAACACUCGUGGGAAGGUCGAAUGGCUUACCGAUAAGCUUACUGCCCGCGGCUUUGCUGUCUCGGCUAUACACCGUGACAUGGACGCGCCCCAGCGUGAUGCUAGUAUGAGGCAAUUCUUUUCUGGCUCUCACGUCCUGAUCGCUACCAACAUGCUCGCCAAUACGAUCGACGUCCAGCAGGUCCCUCUUGUUAUCAACUAUGAUCUCCCAUCCAACCCAGAGGACUACAUUCGCCGUGUCGGACGUGGCGGUGGCGGUCGACUCGGACGUAAGGGUGUCGCCAUCAACUUCGUGGCCGCUGACGAACUGCGCACGAUGCAUGAAAUUGAGCAGUUCUACGGCACUCAAAUAGAGAAGAUGCCGACGAACGCUGCUGAGAACGCUUUGAAGGCGCAGCACGUGCGAGAAAUGUUGGAAGCAUUACCCAAUGAACUCGUUUUGGAGGUCCUAAGCGAAUCGAAAGUGCAAGACCUCCUUGCUAUACACCAGGGACCGGCACAAGUGGAGACUCUAUUUAGCUCCGACCAAAUUGCUGUUACUAAGGUUGAGCAACCCGUGACAGGUCACAUGGACGCGGAUAAGUACACUGAUGAUCAUUUCAACCAAAAAGUCAAGCAAGCUUUCGAAUCGCUUGUCCACAAACAUCUUGACCGCCUUGUCGAUGACCAAUUGCCCUUGGCCAUAGAGCUUUUCUUCAGGAGUGUUGUCGAAGACCUUCGCGACCAGUUCUAUGAAGACUGCAAAGCGGACGAAGCCAGCCUUCGCGAAACAGUUGACGAGGGUUGCACCAUGCUCCACGAUGAGACCGAGAAGUGUACAACAGAGAUCAACGAUCUGAUACAGGAUCGGCUCGACGAACUUGAGCAUCACAGCAACGAAUUCAGAAUAAUUACUGGCGAGCAACUCGCCUGUCUCGGCUACUGGUCCGAUCAGUUUGCGAAUUCAACUGGAGAUAAGGAGCGUGCUACGAGUAUCACGAAAAGCUUGGCGAUGGAGCGUGUGUACUUCCAUGCCGUGACCAAGGCCAACCCAUCUGUCAUCGUCAGAGAGCGCCGCGAGUGGGAGGGUGUGACUGGUGUGCAUGCAGGUCUCGGCGCCUCGAUCUCCGGAAUGACGAGUCUUGAUGACGAACAGAGGGAGAGAUGGCUCGCUGGUGAGAUUGAUGCAGACGGAAACGACAGAGUUCAAGAAUAG